GAGUUGCUGCUCUGUGACUUCAGUGCCUUCAGUGCCUACUAGGUAAACUCCACACAUCACCCUCCGCUUAAUCUAUUCCUACCUUUCUCCUCCUUGCCUCUUUUUCUUUUCCAGUGGACUUAAAAGUCCCCUAUCAGAUAUCGACGCGCCUGCUUCCGAAUCAAUCAUAAGCAAUACCAUCCGCGACGGAAAUAUUAGCAAUGGCGGAACCGAUUAAGAAUCGACGUGCAGAGGUUCCUGCUCCUACUCCGCAGAACACACCUGCUAGCAAUGCCCCGAUCUCAUCUCAUGCUCAACAACCGGGCGUUGCCAGCAUCAAGGAGGAGGAUCUCGACCGCGCUGCUGCCGCGUCUAUUUUCGCUCAGAACCCCAAGCUGGUUCAGAUGAUUCAAGGUCGACUUGGAUCUCUAGUCGGUCGCUCUUCCGGCUACAUAGAGUCACUUCCUACUGUUGUCCGCCGUCGUGUUGCGGGCUUGAAGGGCAUCCAGAAAGAUCAUUCGAAGCUCGAGGCUGAAUUCCAGGAAGAAGUGCUCCAGCUAGAGAAGAAGUAUUUCGCCAAGUUCACACCCCUCUACGAGCAGCGCGCUGCGAUCGUCAACGGCAAAGAGGAGCCCAGCGAGGAUCAGGUCAAGGCUGGUGAGGAUGAGGAUGAAGAGGGCGAAGACAAGGCUGAGAAGGAAGCCAAGGACGAGAAGGAUGAGAAGGACGACGAGACUGCCGCACUUGUCAAGGGUAUCCCCGAGUUUUGGUUGUCCGCCAUGAAGAACCAGAUCUCUCUAGCCGAGAUGAUCACCGACCGCGAUGAGGCUGCUCUUCGCUAUCUAACUGACAUCCGAAUGGAGUACCUCGACAAGCCUGGAUUCCGUCUAAUCUUCGAGUUCGCCGAGAACGACUUCUUCACUAACAAGACUAUUACCAAGACGUACUUCUACCAGAACGAGAGUGGUUACGGUGGCGACUUCAUCUACGACCACGCCGAGGGUGACAAGAUCGACUGGAAGGAGAAUCAAGAUCUUACCGUUCGCGUUGAGAGCAAGAAACAGAGAAACAAGAACACCAAGCAGACUCGUAUCGUUAAGAAGACGGUCCCAACGGAGUCCUUUUUCAACUUCUUCUCGCCCCCGAAAGCGCCUACCGAUGAUGAUGAUGAUGCUGCUUCUGACAUCGAGGAGCGUCUUGAGCUGGAUUACCAGCUCGGCGAGGACAUUAAGGAGAAGCUGAUUCCUCGAGCUAUCGACUGGUUCACCGGCGAGGCCUUGGCCUUUGAAGAGAUAGAUGAUCUUGAGGACCAGGACUUUGAUGAGGAUGAUGACGACGAGGAUGAUCUGAGCGAAGAUCGUGAUGAUGAGGAGGAGGAAUCUGAUGAUGAUGACGAUGGUGCGAAGCCAAAUCAGGACGCACAAGAGUGCAAGCAAAGUUAAAUGUUGUCCUCGUUUGAUCACGCAUUCCACUUAAUUUUACACAUCAUGGAUCUUGCUCGGAAGGGGGAGUAUUGAGAAAAGGAUGCCUCAUCUCUCCCAGCCGCUUUCAUCGUUCUAUUAACCAAGGCAAAUUUAAUGCUGCAAAUUUGUCGACGCUCUACAGAGGUCUUGCACCAAAUGGUCUGAAAUCAGGUGAAAAAUAGACUGGCCAUUCCUAUUAGGUUCUAGGCUGCUUUCGGAAUCUUGUUCUGUAUUGAUUGGUAGUUCUCUUCGUCGUUUUUUCCCAGCAUGCGGCUGGUCUGGAGUAGUUCGGUCGGCCGGAGGGUAGCAGCAUAUUACGACGAGAGACGCUGGA